AUGAUGUUCACCAAGUCCAACAUCCUGGCUGCCAUGCUCGGCGCCUCUGCCGCCAGCGCCCAUAUGAUUAUGUCCUCGCCCACUCCUUACAGCAAGGACACACUUAACAACUCUCCUCUGGCAGCCGACGGCAGCGACUUCCCCUGCAAACUGCGUGACAAUGCCUUCGAGGCCCCCGACACCGAGACCGUCAUCGGCAUUGGCGAGUCCCACCCUCUGACCUUCGUAGGAAGCGCCACCCACGGCGGCGGGUCCUGCCAGAUCAGUUUGACCACCGACUUGCAGCCAUCCAAGAGCUCCGAAUGGAAGGUGAUCAAGUCCUUCGAAGGUGGCUGCCCUGCUAACGUCGACGGCAACCUGUCCGGCGGCGCCAACGCCGCCGACCCCGACACCUUCAGCUUCAAGAUCCCCGAGGGCAUCGCCGCUGGCAAGUACACCUUGGCCUGGACCUGGUUCAACCGCAUCGGCAACCGCGAGAUGUACAUGAACUGCGCUCCCAUCACCGUCUCUGGCGGCUCUUCCAAGCGUUCCAUCGACGAGGACAACGAACUGUACUCCAACUCCACCCAGAUCUUCGACAAGCGCUCUUCCAGCUUCCCUCCCAUGUUUGUCGCCAACGUCAACGGCUGCACUACCAAGGAGGGCGUUGAUAUCCGCUUCCCCCAGCCAGGUGAAUACGUCGAGUACCUCGGCAAAGCCUCCAACCUCGCCGCUGAAGGUUCUGAGGCAUGCACUGGCACCCCUACCUUUGGCGGUGACGGUGACACCAGCUCCGGAUCUUCCUCAUCCAGCUCUGGCUCCAACUCUGGCUCCAGCUCCGGUACCUCCGGCUCUUCUUCAUCUGCUGGCGCCAGUGCUCCCAGCGCAACUGCCUCUGUCUCCGUGGCCCCGGCUCCUGUCGCUACCCCAUCAAGCGCCUCCUCUGCCCCUGACGCUGUUCCCUCCGCCUCGCAGGCUGAACCUGCUUCACCAUCGCCUUCUACUGGCGGCUCCACUACUAGCUCUGGCACUUUAACGGGUGCCUGCAGCUCCGAGGGCCAGUGGAACUGCAUCGCAGGCACCUCCUUCCAACGCUGUGCGAAUGGUAGUUGGUCUGCCUCGCAGCAGAUGGCUGCAGGCACUCAGUGUGGAGCCGGUCUGAGCUCUGAUCUUUCCGUCACUGCUACCAUGCAGGCUCGCCAUGUCUCGGCUAUGCGCUUCCGUAAGCGUCACAUUGGCGGACACCAUGCAUGA